AUGGAAUGCGCUGACUUAGCAUCACCUGACAUAGAGAGAAUUGAUGAAGACGAGAAGAUUCUCAAAGAAUUGUCUUCAAACUCCACACAACUCACAGACCGUGAAUCUGAUGCUGACAAAAGUAAAGAUCCAUAUAUGGAGAUGCCAGAAUCAAGUCCUGAGGAUGAACAAACCAUAACAACAUUUACAACAGACUCCAGCUACAUUGUCACCUGUAGAGUCAGCAUUGCAUUAGCUAUCUUGAAAGAGCUUGAGGAGCAUCUCACCAAUUCUGAGAAAAGAAAAAGAGAGACAAAGAAAGACACAUCCAGUGAGGUAGUGGAGGCCCCCAGAGCCAAGGGCUAUUAUUGCAUUGAGUACAACAUGCUGCCUGAUGACCCUGAACCAACCAGAGUGGAUCUAGUGAUGUUCGGCUUGGCGGCUAAACUCUACAUGGCGAAUGAGACUAAGGUGCUGAAGCCUUGGCGAGAGGGAAACAAGGUGUGGGUGAGUUGGUCUCAGACUUUAAAACUCAAUGUCACCAAAGAGCUCCUGAUUAAAUUGGCCUCCCAUAAGAUCACUGUGAGAGUAUGGGACAGCAAAGACAAGGUGUCUUUCAAAGCCAGGAAUGACAGACCCAAAGCCUUCAGACUGCCACAGGAGAGGACUGGAGAGGAUCCAGAGCAAAUGGGUGGCAUCAGGAAGAUGAUUUGUGAGAUGAGAGCUGUCUAUGAGAAGGAGAACAUAAAAAUAAGAACAUCUACGAGCCAAACAUCAUCCACUAAGAAGACACUGUUCCAGAAACCCACCCAGGAUACUGCAGAACUCACAGAGCUCAAACAGGAAGAGGAGGCCGCCUCACUGGAACUCAGUUUCGCUCCUCUCCUUGCAGGGAGUAUGAUGCUCUCUGACUGCCUGGGAUUCUGUUCCGGAGGAGUACAAGAGGGAUUCUGGAACAUCACUCUUGAUCAGCCACUUCUAUCAAAGCAGCUAAAAGCUGAACUCAAUCCACUAGUCAUCACAGUUUUAUCAGCUUCUUCUCUGCCAUCAUCUCCCGUUCCUUUCCAUGCAAAAUGUCAUUCUGUCUACUGUCAGUACAAGUUCCGCAACAUGCCUGUUUAUAGAACCAAAGGCCAUGAUCACAAUGCUAAUAUCUACUUCAAGGAGGUGAAUGUGAUUUUUACUGGUCUGCUGAGCCGUGGAAAGCUGUGUGAGUUUCUUAAUGGUCCACCCAUGAAGAUCGAAGUCCAUGAUCGGGAUAGAAAAAAGGAAAAACCCUCCAGUACACCAGCUAUAUUUGGGACUGACCCCAAAGAUGCCAAAGAUGAUUUAUGGGUCACGUGUAAUGCAUUAAAAGCAGAUACUGAACUUCAUGAUCCAUAUGGCAUAGCAAAACUAGAUCUCUCAGAUCUUCUUCGAGGAUGCAGAUAUUUAAAGCUUAAAUUGCCCAUAAGGAGUUCUUCUGAGGUUCCCUCAGAUAUUGCAAUGCCAGUGGGUCAUUAUCUUGAAGCUGAUGCCCAACUGAAAGUGCAGGUGGAGAUAGCACAUACCCUUCACCAUGAAGACGGCAACAGUGAUAGAGAUUGCCCUUUUGGUCGCGUCAUUUAUGUCUUCAAGUAUAACAAUACACCUGUCUUAGCCAAACUGACAUCAGAAAUUCUGCAGAUCAAUGCAGAUGCCUUCCAAUUAAAGCAUUAUCCAGAGGAAACAAUUCAAAGGCUCCUGUCUGGUCAUAACAUAAGAACCAAAGACAGAGAGAACAAAAGGCUGAAUGUUCUCACUGGAUUUCAUAUGAUGGAUAAGGCUCUACACAUUUUUGUUCUGGAAGGAUUCAAGGAUCAAGCAGUCAAAAGACUGUGGACUACAGUGUCUAUAAAGUUGGAUGGUGAUGAGGAGGAACAGGUGACUGCGCUGUAUAACUCAGACUUGAGUUUCUCAGAGCGACUGUAUGACAUGCUUGACGUGGGUCUGAGUCCCGUUUGCCUUGUAAAGCCACUUGAGACCAUUUUGAUGGAGCCUCUGGUGUUUAUCAGAAAUACAGUUCCUCAUGCCUGUCUUGAAGCCUUGAAACGUAUAAGCCACAUCUGCAAAGCCAAGAAGUUUCAAGAAGUAGUGCACCAUGACCUGUUCCCAUCAGCCGACAUGAUUCUAAGCUUAAGCAAGGAGUUUGGAUCAGAUCUCGGGAGAGGAGAGCUAUGGUUGGCAACAGAGACCCAGCAAUCUCAGGAUAUACCUGAUCGUCAUAACAUCAGAAAGAGAACUCACACACCUCUAGACAACUUCAACAGAGAAUACUUCCAAUGGAAAUGGAAUGAGGGUAAUAAUGUGAAGGACUUUAUCCAGGCAAAUAUUGAAGACAUCUACAGGGCGAGUAGUGAUUUACAAAAGUCAAAGCCUAAUGUGUUUAUUAUUGAUGGUCAGACCAUCAAUUACCACAAUGUUCAAACAAUGAAUUCCCCUACUCUACUCUACAGAGAAUUUCGGAAGGACUCCACUUCCAUUCGCUUCUCUUACCCAGGUUUUAAGAGCAGUAUUGAAUCUAACCAGCACCCGAAGCGGCCAGACGUUGCUCGGAUUGAGGAGCUGAGAAAGCCUUGGAGAGAAAACAUUCUACAUGGGAACAAACUGAAGCCAACACUCUCUAGCUUCAGGCUGCCAUGGAUCCACAGACAUCAGGAUUUUGAACUUUACUCCAAGCCCCCAUUAGAGUUUGGACCAGAACUCCCCCUGAGCAUCCAUUUGGCUGGUAACAUUUUCUUAAAGGGGUCAUGA